CCGUGUGAGCCCUAUCUUCAACAGGAUGGCUGGUGGAUCAGAGAAAUGUUUCACCUUGAUAGGAUUUACUCUUAUCUGUCUUAAAAUGGUUGCUUCAGCAAAACCAGCUCCUGAAAUACCCACCAUUGAUCAGGCAUAUUCAAAAAUCAGCAACAGUAUCACUGUAGAAUGGGCUACAGUGCCAGGUGCUACCAGUUACCUCCUCACAGCUGAAGAUGGGGACACAGUCACUGAAAUCACGGUGGCCAAUUCCCCAGGCACUGUGACAGGCCUGAAGGCUGCCACCGUGUACCAAAUCACCAUCAGAUCCAUCAGUGCUGCCGGGAGAAGCCAGGCAUCCCCUCCAAUGCAGGCAAAGACAGUGUUGGCAGCACCAAUUCUGGAAGUUAGCUCUUCAAGUCCAAACUCUAUUCUUGUGCAGUGGGAAGCUGUGUACAUGGCAAUUGGAUUCUCUGUGUCCAUUAUGCCAGCCAAUGGAUUGGGUAGAAUAUGGAAAGAGAAUACUACAAACACCUCCUUGACAUUCACCAGUUUAGAAGCUGGGACUCUCUAUACCAUAAAGGCCUAUGCAUGGAAUGCCAAUGGAAUUCCUGGCGAUGACUCCAUCUGCAAUCAGAGAACAAGUCCUCGUGCCCCUGGCAAUAUUCGAGUCUCUUUUGAUAGUGGGGCUCUGAAGGCAUCUUUUUCAUGGGCACCAGCGGAAGGAGCUUUCAACUAUACUGUGAUGGCUUUGAGUGGCUCUUCAGAGCUGAGCUGUAGUACAAUUUUCAGUUCCUGCACCAUCUCUUCCCUCCAGUGUGGAACCGAGUACCUGAUUUCAGUUUUAGCGAGUAAUGAUGCCGGAUCUAGCAAAUCAUCUUCAGCAGUGACCCUGAAAACUGUUGCUUGUGCACCUGGAAGAGUGACAAUCCAAGAAGAUCCCCCUGGCCACCUGUCUGUGGCUUGGUCCAAUGUAGAUCUGGGCGAUUACUAUGUGGCCUUUGUGAAGAGUGAUGAUGGCUUGGAAGUACACUGCAACACAUCCCUUACCCAGUGCAAUUUCUUAUCUGAGUGUGGCUUCACUUACUUUAUUAGUGUUUUUGCCUAUAACAAGGCAGGGCAGAGUCCUUUGGGAGAUGUAUUCAAUUAUACCACGGCUCCCUGCUGUCCUAGUGACAUUAGCCCGGUGUUGGUGUCCAGCCACAGAGUAGAGAUCGUCUGGUCUCCUGUCCGUGGUGCCGAACUCUAUGAAACCAAGGCUGUGGAUGGGUACAACGUGGUUGAAUGCAACGACACAGCUCCUGCUUGCACCCUUUCAGCUCUGGAGUGUGACACCAAGUACAACAUCACGGUGUAUUCAUUCAGUGAAGUCAGGGGCACCAAUACGUCAUGUACUUCCCGAUUUAUAACCACAGCUCCUUGCAGUCCUGAAAUAAAUGUUUCAAAGGAUGCAUCCUCCAUGGUUAGGGUGCACUGGAGAUCCACGAAUGCUGAUGCUACUUACACAGUGACCGCCCAGGGGCAGAGGGGAAGGUAUCAGUGCAGCAGCCGGGGGGAGUCCUGCUCCAUAGGGGCCUUGCCCUGUGGCUCCCUGUUCUCUGUCACGGCUGUGGCUGAAACGCAGGCAGGACGGAGCCUGCCCAGCUACAGUGUGCCCCUGGAAACCGUGCCAUGCUGUCCAGCUGGUCUGACAGUCACUCAAAUCACCCAGUCAGUAAUCAACGUGAGCUGGACUAUUGGGACAGUGGCCCAAACCUAUUUGACAGUUCUGGAGUCACACACCGGACAAUCUAAGUGUCAUACUCAUCAAAACCACUGCCUCCUGGGAUGCAUCACAUGUGGCAUCAAUUACACAGUGGCAUUAAAAGCAAUUAGUGCCACGGGGUUGACUGCGGACUGCGCCCACCAAGGUUAUUCUUCUAGUGUCUGCUGCCCGUUAGGGGUGAAAUUAUACAGGCUGGGUCCGAAUGGCAUCCGGAUCCACUGGCAAGCCUCCAGGGGCUCUGCCAAUUACAGCACUGACCUGUACGGCUCCAAAGGCAUUUUCACGUGUGCCCCAAGUGCUGGCUUCAGUUUCUGUGAUGUCACCGAGAUACCCUGUGGUGAUGUAUAUACCGUGGUGGUCUCACCAGUUGCUGAAACAGGACUGAAGCUUACUUUCUGUCCAAAAAAAAUAUAUUCAGUCACUUGCUCUGGAAGUACACUUGGAAUGGUCAUUUACAGAGGGAAGAGAAAUCCAGAAUGACACAGUGAGCCCCAGAUAAAAACAGACACCUGACCAA